AACGGAGAAUCGACCGGAUCCCAGGAAAGGGAGCCAGGCUUCUAUCGUGGGGACGACCCCGUGACUCGGCCCGAGAUUAUGUAGCGACGAUCGUUGGGCGUGAUGUUGCGCAGGUUUCGCGAUCAUUCUCGCGAUUUGAAGAGAACUUGGAAAAAGAGAUUCAUAUUCAGCAAAGAGAGUGUCGGCUUGCAAGACAUCCCUAAUCCGUGUGAACAUGAUAGUACGUUUAUCGGCCCGGCCCCGACACUUUCGACAAAGCCUGUGAAAGACCGUUCGGCAGAUCCCUUGGGAAUCACUGUACUCUACGAGCCUCAGGCGCAACACACUGCCGAUAUCAUAUUUGUCCACGGGCUCGGGGGCUCAAGCCUUCAGACGUGGUCAAAGGAUGGUGAUCCAAACCUUAGAUGGCCUCAGCAAUGGCUUCCGCUAGAACCAAAUAUUUGCGAGGCAAGGAUUUUGACGUUUGGUUAUAAUGCACUUUUUGGGCGGAGGCGAAGUGGCUCUGUAGCCGAUAUUUUGGAUUUCGCAAGGUCCCUGCUUUUUGAAAUGAAAUACGCGAUGGAUAAUCAGUCAAGGAGCAUUGCGUUAGGAAAGAAGCCGCUUAUAUUCGUCACCCACUCCCUCGGUGGACUUGUCUUCAAGCAGGCAUAUGUUCAGGGAAUCUGCAGUGAUAAAUUUAGCGCUAUUGUGAAAAAUAUUCAUGCGGUCAUUUUUCUAUCAACACCUCACCACGGAACCAAGCUUGCGAGAAGUUUGAAUUGGAUUCUCUCCAUUUCGAUCUUUGGUCAUUCGUCCAAGCGCUAUAUUAGAGAACUGGAUGUGAACUCGAGGACUAUUCGCGAGAUUACCGAAAGCUUUCGAUCUUUUAUUCAUAAUUUGGAGAUAUUCUCGUUUUAUGAGUUACAGCCCACCCCUAUCACUCGGUUCAUCUCGAUGAAAAUAGUGGGUAAGGAAUCGGCAAAAAUUGGGUGUCCUGGCGAAGUUAGAGCUCCUCUCGAUGCAAAUCAUCAUACCGUCUGCAAGUUCUCUAGCCCUCAAGAAUCUACCUACAAGAUACUCAACGCACUGUUGCAGCACCUGGUGUCCUCGUACCAAACUGCCGGUAGAUAG